AAUAAAAAUUAUACAAAGAGCAAGCAUCUUUCUGGUAAUCAUCACUUCAGCCGGAUAUCUCAGGGAAAUGGCAAGCUCUCUGCAGCGAAUAGCGAGGCAUUCCCCUCUAGCCGCCUACCGAUCUUCUCUCACGCCGAUAUGGAGACAAUUUGCGUCAGAAGCGUUGGUCGAAAUCAAGCCCGGUGAGAUCGGUAUGGUCUCUGGUAUUCCUGAUGAACAUCUUCGCCGAAGGGUUGUGAUUUUCUCACCUGCUCGGACUGCUAGUCAACAGGGGUCUGGAAAAGUUGGAAGAUGGAAAAUCAAUUUCUUGUCAACCCAGAAAUGGGAGAAUCCAUUGAUGGGUUGGACAUCCACAGGGGAUCCAUAUGCCAAUGUUGGUGAUUCCGCGCUUAGUUUUGAGAGUGAAGAAGCUGCAAAAGCAUUUGCUGAAAAGCAUGGCUGGGAAUACACGAAAACACCUUCUAGAAGCAUCAGCCAAGGCGGACUGAGUUGGGCCGUUUCACCUUUCCCCCUUGGACCAAUCAUGAACAAGUUCUUCAAAUACUCCACGUCUGGGGAAGCCUUCUCUGUCCAAUUAUGAGCAAGUUCUUCAAAUGCUCCAUGUUGGGAAAAGCGUGAAUUUUUAUGAAAUUUAGUUUUUGGCACCUCCAAAAAGUUCUUUGACCGUUCGGCUUUUAAUCCUCUAUGCGAGCCCAACAGGUCUUGCAAUAUGGAAAAGUUAUGUGCCAAUGAAAUAAUAUCCGUCCAUUAAAGAAGUGUUUGACUUGAAUAUGGUGUUAGAAUACAAGUUGGGAAAAUCUUUGUAUCACUAACAGCUAGACAAACAAAAUCCAGUCUCAACAAGGAAGUCAGAUGUUGAAUCUGAUAGAAGUAGAACUAAUCAAUUGACCAGCAUAGGAUAGUUUCUCGCUGCAGCUGGCUUGAUCACAUUUAUGUUCCACCAACAGAUGAAUUAAGUAAAUCACUAUCUAAUAUGCUAGAAAGUAGAACAAGAGGAACCCCAGUAUCACUAGCAAAAUCACAUAGCCUUUGAGCUUGAGCCUCAACAUCAGAAAUUGAAAUGGGAAGAGCUUUUAGAGGAGUAUGUUGAAUUUUUGACAUUGUGGUCUUUUGUUGGGUCCCUCUUCUGUGCACUCUCCCCUCUUUCUGCUGCUCUGGAAACGUUUUCGUUUAUCUUGAGAAAUGAACAGAAUAACUUUUAUGUUUGGUUCUUAACGUGAUGCUUAUGCC